ACAGACAGACAGACGACGAAAACAAACAGAUCGUAGGUAGUACAUAAACUUGUCAACUCAUGUUUAUCUUGUGAUUUUUAAAUUUAAUAAAAAAUCAAUCAUUACAAAAUAAUGGUGUCAACUAACCCUGAGAAUAUACUUCCCGUUAUAUACAUUCAAAGUAACUGGGAUGAAGUUAUUCAAAAACUUGAUGGAAAAGUUUGGGUGAUAUCUAAAAGAAAAGGAUGCAAAAAUGUUGAGGGAAAUCUGCGCACUGUGAGCCUGGACAGUUCAGGCCUUCCUCAACUCAAAAGCGACGAUGGAUUCAAAGCUGAGUCAGUGGCUAAAAACAUCCUACGAGUCGAACACAUCGCGUCUGGAUCGAAAAUCUCAUUCCUCUCUGCUACAAGAAUUUACUCCGAUAUGCACAAAAAAGCUAUUAGAAGCUUAGCUAUAACCUCGACUGAUCUGAGUAUUUCUUACUGCGAUGAAGGCAACCUAAUCGUCUGGGACCACAAUAGAGGAGUUUUGAAAAGAAAGCUGGAAGGUCACAUCGGUGAUGUGUACAAGUGCCGAUUUUUCCCGUCAGAGAAAGUGGUACUCUCGUGUGGCCAGGAUUUAUCGCUGAAGAUCUGGGACAUUAAUACGGGCUACUGUGUCUCAUUGAAAGGCCACCACCAGGCUGUCACCGACUUCGCCAUCAUAGAUGUCGGCAGGAACAUUGUAUCAGUUAGCAAAGAUGGAAGGGUGAAAUUAUGGAAUUGUGGAGACGCAUCCUGUAUUGAUACUCUAGCCUGUGUGUCUUCUAUUAUCAAUUGCUGUGCCAUAACAUCAGUUCCGGACGUUAGAAUGCUUGGCCUACCCGAUGACUCGCCAGUCAGCGAAAAAGAAGUGGGCACCAAAAACAAGAUGGUGGUGUUCGGCUGCGAGAACGGCUGGCUGCACGGCGUCGCGGUGCACAGUCGACGCAAGGUGUUCGAGAGGGACACCGGUGCACCCAUCAACACCAUCGCCUUCCUCGACACCACCGAGCCCACGGGCCACCGGUGUCACUUCGUCACCGGACACCACAACGGUCAGCUCACGCUCUAUGACGUCACCGACACCGCUCAGCCGCUCCGCAUCCUUCACGAUUCCAACAACGCCAUCCUGCGACUGCUACCGUUUGGCUCCAAAGGUUUCCUGGCGUCCGAAGCUGACGGGUCGGUGUAUUUCAUUACGAAUGAUCUCAAAACUAAACUGUAUUCGCUGACCGGGUCCAACUUUGAUCCCAUCUACGAUCUGGCGUCUGAUGGGUUGUUUGUGUACACUGCCUGUAGGGAUGGGCUGAUUAGGAGGUAUGCCAUGAAGAGGUGUCUCAAAGAUUAUGAUGAGGAGUGGUCGUGAUACUCACGAUCAAAGCCAUCAGCGAAUUUGUGACAUUCAACUUGAAGAUGCUGUGAAGUUGUAGAUUUUGAUAUGAAUUCGUCGUGAUUCUGAGGAAGAAAGUGAUCAGUGACAUUCAAAUUGGAAGAUGAUGUGAAGUUUAUUUAUUUAUUUACAUCAAUAGAAAAAUUACAACAACAUAUAGAGGCUUACAGCUUUAUGCCAAAACAAGCCUCAUUGAAGUUGUAGAUUAUGCCCUAGUUGCACAAAAGCCUCUUUAAUUUUAAUCGUCAUUAAAUUCCACGAGAACCAAUCUGAUACUUAUUUACGGAAAAUCCGUCUCUGAAUGGUUCUCGUGGCAUUUAAUAAUGUUUAAAAUUUAACAGGCUUUUGUGGACCUAUGAUGAGGAUUCGUCGUGAUACUGACGAUGAAAGUGAUCAGUGAAUUUAUUUAUUUAAUCAUUAAUUUGUGACAUUCAACUUGGAGAUGGAGUGAUCAGUGAUGACAGACAAUUUGUUUGACAUUCAAACAAGAAAUAGGGUGGAAGUGGAGUUGUAAGAUCGUCGACAUUCAUAUUGAAUUUGUAUUUGUUGUUAUUUUUCCCGUCUAACCUUAUAAUGCACGCUUUAAUUAUAAAAUAUCUAUUAUAAGAAAUGUAAUUAACUAAUAAUUGAUGUAUAUCGUUUAUAAGAUUACAAAUAGACGUGAUAUUGAAGUUGAA